CUGGCUCCCAGUGACAGCCGGGGUCCCUCAAGGGACUAAACUUGGUCCAAUAUUGUUCCUCAUUAUGAUUAAUGAUUUGAGAGUAAAUUCCCCAGGCACGAAAAUGUGGAAAUUUGUAGACGAUGUCUCAUCCUCUGAAAAUCUUACAUCGAACAGCUUCUCGGUCACUCAGUCAACUCUUGAUUCUAUCGAUUCAUGGGCAACUUACAAUUGUAUGAAAUUGAAUGCCAAUAAGUGGAAAGAGCUCCGGGUUUCCUUUCUUAAAGAAACCCCGCAGCUACCAUCUUUGACAAUUGAUGGUUACGUGGUAGAAACG